CAGCCAAUCACAGGCGGAAGGUGGGGUGACAGAUUUAAAAGUCCAGCUCAAGUUGUUGUAACAUGUAGCUUCUCAGCUCAUAUAGUGAACCACAACUUUCACGACCGCACUCCCGGCCAGAGCUUUGGAAAACGACACAAACAAACAGGAAAAACAACGGGCUCGUGCUGACUGCAGCGGUUCACGGAAUUUACUGUUGCGCGCCGUGCGUAAAAAGCGCACCGACGGCUCAGAUGAGAGCUUGACCUUAUCGCCAAUUUUAGAAUUUUUUUUACGGAUUUUUCUUUAUUUGGGACUGAACGAAUAAUGUUAAAAAUGACAGAUGAGCAUGACAAGUGUGUCAGCGACCAGCCGUGCAGCCCAUCCGGGACCAACAGUUCCAUGUCCCAAGAUGAUUCCGAUUCCGAUGCUCCGUCCUCGCCCACGGGCUCCGACGGCCAUGGAUCCCUGCUCACCGGUUUAGGCAAGAAGCUGGACUCCGAGGAUGAUGAACGAUUUCCUGCUUGCAUACGGGACGCAGUUUCUCAAGUCCUCAAGGGAUACGAUUGGUCCUUGGUGCCUAUGCCCGUGAGAGGGAACGGGUCUCUGAAGAAUAAGCCGCACGUCAAGAGACCCAUGAAUGCCUUCAUGGUCUGGGCGCAGGCGGCCCGCAGAAAGCUGGCGGAUCAGUAUCCACACCUGCACAACGCAGAACUGAGCAAGACGCUGGGGAAACUUUGGCGCUUGCUUUCGGAGAGUGAGAAGAGGCCAUUUGUAGAUGAAGCAGAGAGACUGCGUGUACAGCACAAAAAGGAUCAUCCAGACUACAAGUACCAGCCACGCCGGCGGAAAAAUGUCAAACCGGGCCAGAGCGACUCAGACUCAGGGGCAGAACUGGCACAUCAUAUGUAUAAAGCUGAGCCAGGAAUGGGAGGACUGGCCGGGAUGACUGAUGGACACCACCACUCUGAACAUGCAGGGCAGCCCCACGGUCCCCCUACACCGCCAACCACCCCUAAAACAGACCUCCACCAUGGAGCGAAGCAGGAUCUGAAACAUGACAGCCGACGUCUGGUUGACAGUAGCCGACAAAACAUCGAUUUCAGCAACGUCGACAUCUCUGAGCUGAGCACCGAUGUCAUCAGCAACAUGGAGACCUUCGACGUUCAUGAGUUUGACCAGUACCUCCCGUUAAAUGGCCACUCCUCAGGUUCCUCCACACUGUCCUCCGACCACAGCCACGGGCCGGCCACUCUGCCCAGCAGCUCCUACGCUUCCUCAUACAGCCACGCAGGCAACAACGGGUCAUCCUGGAGCCGAAAGAGCGCCAUGUCCUCUUCUUCUCCCUCCGCCGGUGAGGUGGGCCAGCACCGUCUCCACAUUAAAACGGAGCAGCUGAGCCCCAGCCAUUACAGCGAGCACUCCCAUGGGUCGCCCUCUAACUCCGAUUACGGCUCCUACAGUAGCCAGGCCUGUGUCACCUCGGCCACGUCAGCUGCAGCCUCUUUCCCCAGCUCCCAGUGUGACUAUACUGACCUCCAGAGCUCCAACUAUUACAACCCUUACUCCGGCUACCCCUCUAGCCUCUACCAGUACCCCUACUUUCACUCAUCCAGGCGAGCCUAUGGCAGCCCAAUUCUCAAUAGUCUGUCCAUGGCUCCGGCGCACAGUCCCACCGCCUCCAGCUGGGACCAGCCCGUCUACACCACGCUGUCUCGACCAUAAAAGGGGACCCGAAACAGUCCGCCAGAGACUCAUUCAAUUUGAUGCACUACUAAUGAAGGACAUAAGUUAAUGAUGGAGAAUUGUAUAGGGGCUCGUAGGCUGCCUGUGACCAUUUGAACGUAAAACAUACUCAAGAAAAAGUGCCUGCUGAUUUUAUACAAAGUUCUAUUGUUGUGAUGAAAACACACUUGUACAGACUUUUUUUUCACAAAGAGAAAUUGUGAUGUUGGUGAGCCAAACUCCUCCAUGAGGACCUACCAUCUAAGCCUACAUCCCAUGCAUCCCCUUAAUUUUUAGUUUGUAAGAUUGCACGUAGGUGCAUGGUUAUAGGUAAAGCAAAGACCUGCUUCUGAAUUGCAGGAUUCACAAGUUUGGCCAACUGUGUGCUGUGCAGAAUGUACUCGGGACCAGUCACGUGAAUUCACAGUAACAUUUACAUUUAUGGCCAGAGCUAUAAAACAGCACACUAUUUGCAUCAGUGGUUCAGUCUUAAGUAAAUGGCUCUGAAUUAAUCUAAUGUCUUAUUUGUAUUUAUGUCCAUACAUUAUUGGUUUUUGUUUUUCAGUAGAUGAACACAUGUAAUGUUGGUAUGGUUAUUUAGCAUACCGCUUUAAUGACUUUUAAGGUCAAGAGAAGUAAAGGACACUACAAAUAUAAUGCAGUUGAUGUUAUUCCGUUGAAGACCAACCUAUAGAAACAUUUUCAUUCCAAGUUGAAAGCAAACAGACAGGACCAACAGACUUGCACAGGACACAACAGGUGUUUGAAAUCUAUGCUUGGCAAAUUGCGAUUAGUCAUGAUCUAGGCUUAAAGGAAAUGGGGUAAAAUAACACCAUACUCUGUGAGUGACAUGUCAGCUGGACCUGCUGUAUAUGCCGAUGGACAACACAAGAAUAUGUGAACGUUCAUGCGUGUGUAUCUAGGAGAUAACGUGGCAUCACACAUGUGCAUGUGUUAGCCAUUUCCUGGGAAGGGAUACGGAUCCCAUGACACGAUACACACCAAAUGAAACAACUUUUUUUUUUCCAGUAACAAUAUCUGAACUUUAUCUGUAACUCCAGUGAGAGUAUUUGGAUACAAGUCAGAGUUAAUGGUGUCCAUAUUUAUCUUGUCAACCAUCAAGUGCCAACUCACUGCUGCAGUCUUGCAUAAAAUGAUUUUUGUGCCUUUUAUUGCUUUUUGUCAGUAUUUCGAAUUGAAAUGUAAUUAUUAACAAACUUCAGGCAUCACACAAUCCAAACACAGACUCAAACAGUUAACUCGCUCCUCAUCAUGUCCUUAAUUUGAAAUCAUUCCUUACAGCCUUAUUUCGUUAUGUUUUAUGACAUGCUAAAUGAAAUAUGUGCGGAGUGGAAAGCUCCAAGUUUUGUCCACAGAACAGCAUUUUGUAUAUCAUUACGGUGUAUGACUUUCUGAAAAAGGCUGUGAAAAUAAUUGUUGUUCUAUUAACUAGACUUUCACUCGCACAUGCACAGCUAACUCAUCCGCUGACCGUUUUUAAAAAGAAUAAAAUAUACUUUUUCUUGAUGUUUGUAUUUGUCAUUCUUAUUUACGAUCACGUUUAGUUUCAGCUUGUUGUUGAAUACAAUAUAUUUGGAAAUGAUUUGUGACAAAAUAA